AUGGAGAGCAGGGGCAGCGCGAGAGGACGAGACCGCGGCCACCUCGACCAUCAUCGGCAGGUGCUACUGCUGAGGCCGGCCGCGGCAUGGAGCUACGCCUCCGACGGCGGCGGCGUGUCGUGGCCGGCGCAGAGGUCGCUGUCGGCUUCGUACACGUGCGGCUACUGCAAGAGGGAGUUCCGGUCGGCGCAGGCGCUCGGGAGUCACAUGAAUGUGCACCGCUGGGAGAGGGCCAAGAUCCGCCGCUACUACUGCUCCGCCUACCCCGCGGCUCUAGCUCCAGCUGCUGUCCAUAGGGACUGGGUGCCCAACCUCAACUUCUCGCCGCCGCGUUGCCCCGAUGGCGACUAUGGCGGCACAUCCUGGGCGACCCCGCCCGUCUACAGCUCCUUCUCUACCGCGGCGGGCGCGAAGGCGGCGAAGGCUGCGUUGGUGGUGGACCUGGAGCUGGGGGUCGAAGGAGGAGGAGGAGGUUUGGAUCUUGAGCUUAGGCUUGGCUGCUCUUGAGCGUUGACCCUUGAGGACUCACAUUAUAAUCCAUCAUCAAUCUAUCUAUCUAUCUAUCUAUCUCUGACAUGUCUGCAUGCACGACCAUGUACGCGUGCAUGCAUGCUAAUGUUGGCUGCCUAGAG